UCUAAUGGUCGCCACUUUGGGGCUGAAGCUAUGUGUCUAUGCCUCGGCUAGGCACAAAGCGUUCCAUGACACGAAAUGGAAAGUUUUCGCCAGCGACAUAGCUAAAUUCUAAAAAUACGCAUAUCACAAAUCGAAGCGCGCAGAGAUGUACGAACAGGAGCCAGAGUCAGACGAGGAUUGCGAGGUCUAUUUCCUGAAGCCUGUUAACGAGUACAACAUUGUGGACAAAAUCAAGGAGGCCAACAAGGAGCUGUUUGCCGCGGAGGACGAUGCUGAUGCAACUGCCACUGUCAAUAGCAACAAUCGCAAGGUGACCUUUGCGCUAAAUCUGGAAAACUACGAGCCUGCAACGCAGGUAACUGAGCAGGCCCCGCCCAUUAGCAGUCCACCAGAGGAGCUCUUACAGCAGCUAGCUCAGCUUAAGCUUACAGAGUGCACACGAAUUGAAGCUAUAGCAGAAGAGGAGCCUGGCGACAAACCACAGCCACAGGAGGAUCCCACAGAAAUGAAUAAACACCAGGAGAGUGAAGAUGAAAUUUGUGAAGAGAUUUUCGAUCUAAGCGUGAUGGAAACGAUGCCAACGCCAACGCCAAUAGAGCCAGAAGCAAGCCUUUUGUAUGAGGACGAGGACUUUUCUGGCGAGGAUGAGCCUAUGGUGACGACAGUACAGCCCCAGCAGCGUCUGGAGCGUCAAAAUACUUUUGAUUGCCAUUUCGAGCAACCCGAGGAGGGUGAAUCGGACCAGAAGAGCUUAACUAAUUUAUUAAAUCUAGACUCCGAUGGCGAAGAGCAGGACGAAGAGCGCACUUUGAACGAGGCGCGACUUAAGCUUCAACAGGCCUAUAAGAGUCUAUACAAGACGCUGGAUGCCGACGAGCAGGCCAAGCUAAACCAGCUGACGGAUGUGCCAAGAGCUAAUGGCCAGGAAGAUACCGAAGACGAUGACUUGUCUAUUAUCGUAGCCAGCUAUAUACCCAAAAAUUUUGAACUUAACAAGCGCAGCAUUUACUAUAAAAGCGAUGAACAAACUGAAAAGCAGCUUAGUGUGUCCCCAAGCCACAUAAAAACUAAAAAUUUCUUCAGCUUUCGGCGACGUGCCACGCCCAAAGCGCCAGCUGAGCAGACAGCUGUGCCGGAUGUCAAACUGAACUACAAGAUAUGCUGUGAGCAUCGCCAUGCGCUGCAGGACAAGCUGCCCAGAUAUACGGGCUACAUGUCCGAAUACGGCCUGAGCGAGCAACAAUUGCUGCAGCGGGAUCAGCAAGCACGACGCAAACAGCGCUGCGCCAUGGAGCAAACCCUAAACCGCAACGAGCAGGAGCUGAAGAAGAUGCAGGAUAAUGAGCGAGCCUUUACCACCUGGCUAAAAAAUAAAAUGCGCUAUCCCAUCAACAAGACACGCAACAUGUUUGAUGCCACACGCAGGCGCAGCAGUGUGGCCGCUGUCAGCAGCCGCAGUCCCACUCUUCAACAGCAAGAGCAACACUAUCAUCAACACCCGCGUCGCCGUAGGGACAGCAACGAGGUGCACACCUUUCGUCAUCUGCUGGGUAGUUGGAACAAAUAGCACAAUAUGGUCUUACAGUUUUACUUUAUUACAGACAAAUAUACGCAUUAUUUUAAUUA